AUUCUUUAUCGUGUGUUGAAUGCCGUUCAUCUAAGGAAUCGCUUUCCAUAUACUAAUUAGCCUGCGUACCUCCACCCUCAACCCUCCACCAUCUUUCCAUACAAAAGGCGUGACGAAAUACUGCCGGAAUGUGUACCUGGGGAUUCAAGUUUUCGAGUGUACACACAAAAUCCAGAAAGGGCUGAACAACGAAUAUAUUGUUACCAACAUUCGACUUGGGUCUGGCCAAAUGUGGCUAAACGAGGAAGUCUUUUAGUUUAAAGCUGGAUAAAACCUUGACAUGACCGCACACAUAACAAAGGAAUUAAGUGGAUUCAUAGAGUGAGUUCAAGUUCUCUAUCUAGUUCCAUAUCAUCCGUCAAUUUCUCAUCGGCUUCCGUUCCACCGAGCUCCUCCUCAUUGCGCGAGAUUGCUGUUGCACCGGUUUUCAUUACCAUGGCGGCUCAGGUCACACCAAAGAUCUCUACAUGCAUUAACUCGAAAGGGUCUAUCCAGAAAAAAAAUCAAGCACAACAUCACGAUAUGUCUGAACAAUCCAAAGUCAAUGAAUCAACGCUACCACUAUCCGACGAUCCGAGGACACUGCAAUUGGCAUUGGAACUAUCAUUGGUCGGAUUUAACGACAAUCAAAAUUGCUAUGCGCAGCCUGCUCAACCGCUACCAAUGCCCCUAAGUGCACGAAGUGACUUUGAAAUAGGGACCAUCAACAGCACGCUACCAAUUCCAUCGGCACCGAACUGUCUUCUAUUACCGAAUGCCGGCGCCGUCAGUUCAGAAGAUCGAUCUAAGAAGUCGCAAAAUAUGACCGAAUGUGUUCCAGUCCCCAGUUCUGAACAUGUAGCAGAAAUAGUGGGCAGGCAGGGGUGCAAAAUUAAAGCUUUGAGAGCCAAAACCAACACUUACAUUAAGACACCAGUUCGAGGAGAGGAGCCUGUGUUCGUUGUGACUGGUCGAAAGGAAGAUGUAAACAAGGCUAAACGAGAAAUACUUUCUGCUGCCGACCACUUUAGCUUAAUUCGCGCAUCACGUAAGCCUGUAAGCGAUAGUCAGAACAAUGGAAUGGUAGGAAGUACGACUAGCUCCGGUGGUGGUGCAGUUCCCCGCAUGUCAGGUCCCCCUUGUAUGCCUGGACAGGUUACCAUACAGGUACGUGUACCUUAUCGGGUAGUUGGACUCGUUGUUGGGCCAAAAGGUGCUACUAUCAAACAUAUUCAACAAGAGACGCAAACUUACAUUGUGACACCAUCGCGAGAAAAGGAACCAAUUUUUGAAGUGACUGGCUUGCCAGAUAACGUUGAUACUGCACGAAAGCAAAUAGAAGCUCACAUUGCCCUUAGAACUGGUAGCGGAUCUGGAAGUGGUGAUGCUAUUACUAUGCAAAGUAGUGAUUCGGUCGAUACUAAAGAAUACGCGUCACUGCCUUCAUUAACUCAAAUUUUAAAUGAUGAUUUAAAUUCGGAAAUUCUAUCGUCCAUAUACAAAAAUUCCGUUCCGUCUACGCAGGAGUAUGCAAAUAAUUCAAUGAAGACGGUUGUAAACGUAAGCAAUUCAGUGAAACUUGUGCAAGGACAUCAUACUGGGAACUGUUUUCAAAAAUCAGAGUUUGCUGAGAUGGAAAUGACAGCAAAUAUAACAGCAGCAGAUAUAUUAGAUAAACGUCUUCCUGGAAAUGAAGUUUCUGUGCCUUUGGCCAAAGCUAAUGUUGCUAAUAUUGUUUUUCGCACUACGUCUAGUAAAACAUUGUCUUUCUGUCCUCCCACAUCUACAUCGGCAUCGUUUCAUUCCAACUGUAAUGCAAAUAUUUUAACAAGAUCUUGUUCAUCCGCUUCUUCUACCACUUCUACAAAAAGUACCAACAAUAGCGCCAAUACACCUCCAGAAAUAUUAAAUAUAUGGAAAAGUAUUAGUGAUUCAAUUGACGUUGACGAGGGUAUAGGCGACUCUCCUAGUAUUUGGAACCAACCGGCAAAUAUCAUACCCACAGCUCAUUGCUCGCCCACAAUAUCAAUUAGUCCUACCGACUCACUGUUAGGUAUGGGUGAACAUUCUGCAAAUCAACAAAAUUUGAACCAUGCUAAAGAGCCCAUUAUGCCUAAUCUCCCGCAAAAGAUAAAAGGCAUUCAAGUGCAAUCUAACGCAGACAAUUUUUUAACUCAUCGAGAAUGCUUUGUAUGUAAUGAAAAUACUGUUACCACUGCUUUGGUUCCGUGUGGUCACAAUAUGUUUUGUAUGGAGUGCGCCAAUCACAUCUGUCUUUCUAUGGAUGCAGUUUGUCCGGUUUGUAAUUCUAUUGUUUACCAUGCAAUGCGGAUUUUAGGAUAAUUUGAAUUUUUUUGUAAAUGUAUUUAAUAUUUGUUAGUUUUUAGUUAGUCGGUUACACAUCUAGUCGUGGCUUCCGUGAAGUCUAUUAACAUUAGUUGAACGUUCAGGGAUUAAAGGGAAUUCUUAAUUUAAAAUUAACUGCUGAUUAUAACGAACCAAUAUAUUAAAAAUUUCUUUUAAUUUGGCUUCAGGGGACGAGACACAAAUUUAAUAUUACGAUUUUUUUGAACGCGAUGUCAACUUUAUGUAACGUCUUCGUUCCUAGAAAACUGGUUGACCCUACCUACUAUUUAUAUUUAAAAUUUCAAAAUCGGAGUGCUUUUUUGGUUUCUUGCAAAUAAUUGUUUAGCGAUUCUCUCUUGCAAAUUUUUUAUAACUGGCCAAUACUUUGAGUUAUAAUAAUGAAUAUUGUGCGGAAAUAAGCUUUAAUGAUACUGUCAGAUGUUGCGGUUUAAUAAGUGAAAAUUUUCAAACUGUCUUUAUAAACACAAUAACAAUUUAUAAAAAUGCUUAUUGGGUGCACUAAAUGUUAUUGUAAGCACUCAGUACUCCAAAUAUUGAAUAUUAUAGUUUUUUUUUUUUAAACCGAUCCAUAUUUACACAAAAAGUGAGUUUUGGCUAGUGGUCCGUUUUGAUUUUCUAAAAAGUCUGUACUUCGGUUCGGUGCUGCUCCGAAUUGGUUGACAGCCAUAAUAGGAACACCCUCUUAAACAGUUUACGAAGUUAUAUUCAAUGGCUAUACAAUGAGUAUGACAUUUUAUUUUGAAGUUUGCAAUGUUUUACAGAAAUCUUCAUCCCAUGGGUGAACUGAAAAAGAAACUUUUGAAAAUACGAGAAUAAAAAAGUUUUGUUGUUAUACCCCGUUACUAGUAGAGGGAUUAGUAUACGAGAAUCGUUGAAAAGUAUUUAACAGGCACAUAGAAGCGUUUUGUAUGUGUAUAUUAAUUUUUAUCAAGCCAACUCUAACGUCUACACAACUCGCACAUCUUUCAUUUGAGUGGCCUGUCCGCAUCGCUCAAAUCGUUAGAUCGAACUUCCUGACUGCGAGAUAGAAAACUUUUGGAGGCAUAUCAAUAUAAGUUGUCAAAUAAAAUUAAAAUGAAAAAAAGUCUUUUUCAAAGUGUUGUCCUGAUCAUUCUAUAUGCGAUAAAUACCAAAAUAUGGGCGGAUAUGGCGAGAUUAAAUAUUAAAAAAUAUAUACAUACCUACUUAUAUAUAUACAUAUAUAUAGGGUCGAAAAUGUUUCCUUCUAUAUGCUACAUACGUUUCAACGAAUCUAGUAUAUCCUCUUCUUUUACGAAUAGCGGAUAUAAAAAUUUUUCUGUGUUUUAGGAAGUCAUCUAUAAAAUAAAUAAAUAUACUAUCAAGUAAUAUUUAUAUAAGUAGAACAAACCCAAAUUCUAUUGAAGACCUUAGUGAAGAAUUUUAAUAGUGUAAACAAAGAACUUAGAUUAUAAACAUAUAUAAUACCAUAUAGAAAUACCUUAUAUUUUAAUAUUAUUUUGAAUAAAGAAUAAAUAUUCGUAUUUUAUGUUAUUUUGAGAUUCGUGAAUCUAUAUUCCUAUUGGAUUAUAAAAAAGUAAAUCAAAAUAGUUUUUAAUAGAAAAUAUAUCGAUUUUAUUUUUACUAUUGGACGUUCGUCCAAAAAAUGUUAAAUGUGUAAUAAAUCUGACACAAUUUUUUAGUUAAUUUCUAUAAUCUAUAUUCCAAAAAUAAUUCAAAGAAUUUCCAAAGCCUCAGUUCUGGCUUAAAUGUUUAACAGGGCUUAAUAUUGGCUACAUUUGUGGGAAUCCAAAAAUUUUGAUUGCGGCGCACAAAUUGCGAAUUCGGUCAGAAAAUAAUUCAUUGAAGCUAGCUAAUUCAUUUAAAACUUUGCGUGCGAAAUUACAUGUUAUGUUAGCAAGUUAUAAACACUCUAUUCUUUUUCGUAUAUCUUCGUUGGAAAAUAAUAAAACUUGAACAUAAUGCUUCUUAAACCAUAUUUAUUUUGAACUUUUAGGAGCUUUCAGUGAAACUAGUUUCAGAAUGACUUUGUUGGCCUGUUUUUACAUCCGUACAUCGUAAUCAAUUACAAAUUUUGGGUUCGAUCAGUGUAAUUCUUUCAUGCUAUGCAGUAAUAUCAGGCAAUGUUGAAAUGUUUUAGCGUAAUUUCUCUAUUAUUGACUUUUUGACUUUUUAUGUAAAUGUGAGUCACUGAGCUUUUAAUUGUUUAAUAGAUACGGAGAAAUCGAUAGAACUUAGGCGAACUAACAAACUGCCGAAAAACAUAUAAUAAAUGAUUAUUUACACCCAAUUGUAUUAGUUUUUGUGGUUAACGGAUAAGUAUGUAUGUAUCUUAUUUAUUUUGAGUUUUUCAUAUAAAUUGCCUUUUUAUAUCCGUCUGAUUGUUGACGUUGUGAAAUUCCUGAUCUGUUAUAAAACUUUAAAAAUUAUACUGUGGAGUUUUGUGGAAAAUAAGUGCGAUAACUAAUUCUUAAAUUUGUGACGCUUAGUUAAAUUAUUAACCAUGGUCCCAUUUAGAAAGUCUUGGAAGUCUCUUAGAAACUAAACUCUUUUGUUUACAUGAAGCUGACUACUUUUUAUUUACGUGUGUGAACAAACUUGUUCUUUAGACUUCUGUCAAUUAAACAAUAAAUUAGCAUUUUUUUAAUUACUUUUAAAAAAUAUUUUGAUAUAAUUUUAGGUUGCACAAAUAAUUAAGUCUCGAUUUCAUUGUUCCCCAUGUGCAAUUUAUAAUCAGCCUAUUACAUAAGCCAUCAAACCAUUUAUUUUUAAACAACAAACAUGAUGAAAAAUAUAUUGUAUCUAUAAAGUAAACUUUAUGAUACUAAUUCUCUGAAAAAUUUAAAACGACUGAUAAAUUAGCAUAAAUAUUAAGAUCGGACACAAUAUAUAUAUACAUAAAUAAUACAAUAGAUAAAGUAAAAAAAUACAAAAGUUAUAUAUACUUAAAUCUACGAUAUAUGACCCACAUGUGACAACUACCUUUAAAAACUUACUAUUAAUGUGAAUAAAAAGACUUAUAUAUUAUAGUCAAUCAUAUUUAAUAUUUAUAAUACAAUGUGAGUUGCGUGGAAUGUUAUAAAACCCAACGUAUUUCGGUUCGGUUCGAAUUCAAUUUUUAAUAUUAGAAUUUAUGUUAUACCUGUGUUUUAAAAUUGUGUACUGUGCUUCAAGGUUAAAUGAAUCAAUCGAAAAUUUGUAAUAGAGGCUGGCUUAUAUAUAUUUAAAUGUAUAAAAUUUUAACAUUAAAUUUUUAAGGUCAAAAUUUCAACGAGUGAGACUAAAUAAUUUAUUUAUCGCACAAAAUAAACCUCUUACAUUAUUAAUGAGAUAUAACUAGAAAAAUUUAAUUUCAUAAACAAAUUUUUUAAAAAUAUAUUGUGCAUUUAUACAUACAUACUAUAUAAUUAUAUAUACGCAUUGCUUAGCCCUAAAUAAUAUUCUUCGUAAGAUAGCAUAGUGUUGUAAGGUAUUUAAUGCGUUCUCAUUCAUAUGACAAAGAAUAAGUAUAUCUAAAUAAAAUAAAUAGAACAUAUUAAUCUGUAAAAUUCCAUUACUUACGUUUUUUUUAAAUAAAACGGUAUCUAUGGUGCUUAUAACAAACUUGAACCAUAAUUAUUGUUUGAUGAAAAAAGCUCCCAUAUAACAUUGAAAAUAAAUUCAUGGAAAAUUAAUGAUAGAAAAUAUGGAUACCCCAACAGUCGAGUUCAGAUUAAAUUACGGACUUCGGCAAUUGAGACAUUUUUAUUUCUGAAAAAUUAUAAAAUAUAAUAUCUUCACAAUUGCAAUUUAUAGUCAAUAUUUUAAAUGUUUUUACCUGAAAAUGUUGCUUACAUAUUUUGUUACAAAUUAAAUUUCAUUUUAUCUUUUAUUUUAGAAUAGCGCAAAAAAUUGUGCAACAAUAAAAUGUUAAUUCCAAUAAAGACGUAAAGAAUGUCUAUUUAAUUUAUUUUUACCAAGUUUAACAUCUUGGUGGCAUAUUUAAUUCGACCGUUUGGUUCUGCAAUAAAUUCUAUUGUGCUACGCUCAAAUAAAAGAUUGAAUAGUCUUCAAAAAAUAUAAUUUGUAAUACGUACAAACAAAAAGAGUAGUAAAUAUUUUUGUACACAGUUUGUAAGGACUUGCAUUUAACUUAUAAUUGGCGGCUAAUACAUUUACAACGAAUGUUUUACUAAUUCAAACGAGGUAUCACUUCAAUUGGGAAACAAAAACAAAUAAUUUAUGCAAAACAACAAUAAGAAUUAAUAUAGAUGUAAAAUAUAAAUACGUUCACCUAAUUUAAAAUUUAUAAUUAUAAGUAUAAUACAAAAGUAAUUAAAAGAGAAGUAAGCGCCCAAUAACAAACAUUAAACAACAAAAAACAAAAUAUUAACAAUAUGAAAAUAUCCGUAUUGUGUUCGACAAAAAGUAAUAUAUCUUAAAGUACAUUUCAUAUAUCGACUUAGAUCGGCAUUCCCAUUUUACUGAUUAGUAUUCACAUUAAAGGGCCAACUUAAGAACCGAGAGCCCUAAAUUUAUAUGAGAAAUAUUUAUGGAAAUAUAAGUAUAUCAACUUAUAUACUAAUGUAUCACUAAAUGGUUAUAUAAUAAAUUUUUCGGAAAUAAAU